GCGCCCGGGGUCGCCUUACUGGAGGCCCGAUGUGGCAUGUCAUCGUGGACACCAACGCACGCGCACCAACCCCGCAAUAUCUUCCCUCGAGCAAAAGAAUAUUGUAGGAAUGGUGCGGCUAACAUCCACCGUUUCGGGGAUUACCCCGUCCCUCUGUCGUCAAUGUGACCGAUUUUAUUCAUGAGAACGGUAAAUCAUCCCGACAAAGUCGCACCGUCAUUCGCGUGCUGCCGUGCAGUUUGGGGGACGAAGGUGCCAAGCUCAUCAUCUAGGCCAUACGAAUUUUUUUCCACUCGAAGAGAAUUAUUUCCGUAUAAUGACGGUAGUAUUCCCACUAUUGGCGGUAAGAAAUUAUUUUUCGGAAAUUCCUGAGUGAAGGGAUGAGAGGAAUUUUGAAACAUUGAGGGAAUUCUCAGGUUCGUCACUGGAGAAGGAAAAUUUACCAGAAUUUUACAAGUUAUUGGAUCUUCAAAAGCGAAAUUUCUCGAACGUUCAACAAGUUUAAGGUGGUGACUUAUUUAUAUGUUAUAUUUUAUAAAUUUUUUUAAUUGUUCGAGAAAAGCUACUGAAGCUAAUUAAACACUGGAACUUUUUGUUUUUUUUUUCUGGUGAUUUUUAUUGCAUUUUUCACUCCCUUCCUCGGGGCAUUUUUCUGCAGGUAUUUCUGCACUUGAGGAAAUUUUAGACUUUUUUGUAGAUCUCAUUUUUCCUCGCAAAAAAGGGUACGAGGAAAAUCCCGCCCUUUUGCUUAUUUUUUGAGAUAUUCGAAAUCAAAGUUGGAGAUAAAUCAAUAGAAUUCGUUUCAUCCCUUUACCACGGAAUUAAAUUUUUAUAGCCAAUAAAUUUUGCAGACUAAACUACUAUUUAUUAUAAAUACUACUAUUUAUCUAUGAACUUACACCCGCCACCAGAAUCAUCAACAAUAUCCUGUAGUUGUCACUUCCAAUAACCAGUUGCUUUUUCAAUGAAUACAAAACCAACGAGUCAAUACAAUUUUAAAGAAACCAAAAAAAUUUCGUUAAUCCUACUACAAAUCUUAAAUUUCGUCAUCAGAAAGAAGAAAUUAAAUCUGCAAUUUGCAUUUUUCUCCCAUAAAUUAUAUUAAAAUAUUUCUCUAUUGAAAAAUAAAUUAAAAAAUGGAAAUAGCAAUUAAUAUUUCUCUCAGUGUGAAAUAAAUAAAUCCAAAAUACCGAACAUCUUAUUUCUCUUUUGGCAUGAGUAAUUGGGGAGAUUGCAGGGUACGAGCAAAACUGAAUUUCAAGGGGUCCUGAAAAAUCAGGGGAUAAUUGCAAUUGUCAACAGACGCAUGCGUUCGGCGUCGGUUGCCAUGGCUGCAGGAUGCGAGAGGCAGCUUCAUGUGGUUGCGUAUUGAUUAUCUGGCUAUCUCCGGUCUGUCGGCAUUCGACAAUAUCCGUCUUUAUCAUUUUUGUAUCGUUGAGGAUAUCGCAGGUUGAUGCGCGUGAAUUUUUCGAGGCCCAGAGCGACUGGGGUUCGGGGAUUUAAUAACUUUCUUCGUGUUUCUCCUGCCUUUCUCAGGAGUUUUCGGGUAUUUGAUUUAUGGGAGGUGUACUACCUCUUCAUUUAUGCAUCUGGCUCCAUAACUGGGCCAGAUGCAUAAAUGGAGCCAGAUCCAUUGUUGGUUUGAGGGAGACGAGAAUAUUUUUUUUAUUUAAAUAUUGGUUGUUUUAUGUUUCUAAUUGUUAUUUCAGUUUUUUCAUUUUUUAUGAGUGCUAUUUAUUUAUUUAUUCUAAAUGUAGUCUUAACCACUUGUUACAGUUCUCUUAUCUUCAUUAACGUAACAUGAUUGAAUUUAUUUAUUUAUUAGCAGCUUAGGGCGUUUGGGGGCGAGAGAUUUAUUUUUUUUCGUGUUUUUCACGUUUCUCAGACUUUCUUGGCGUGCUUGCUUUAUGAAAAAUAUAGCAUCUUUUUAUUUAUGCAUCUGGCCCAGUUACGCAGGGUGGUUUGCCUAGGAAAAACAACAAAAGACUUCUGGCGAUUCUUAUAUUCAAAGAUUCAUUUAUUUCCAUUGCAUUCAUUGCUACAUUUAUAUUUCGUAGUAAAAGUCAGAUUCUCUCCCUGUCUUGCAAUCGAUUGAUUCAAAUAAUUAAUUUAUUUGUCAAUCAAUUCUGAAGAAAAUGAGAAAAAAGAAACGAAAUCGCUUUGAAAAAAUUAAAUUUUUCAAUUGACUUUCUCUAAUUCCCUUAAGAUUAUCCCAAAGUGUAAAACCUCAUCUGAUAAAAUCAUCUCUCCGCUCAUUAUUUCAAUUUAAUUGCCAUUCAUUCACCGAAUUUUCUUUCUGUCAAUGAAGUAACACCAAGUGACGAUAUUCCCACAUCAACAUCCCAGCGGAACUGAUGACAAAUAAUUUCGUAAACUAGAAUAUCUGCGGAAGUACAUAAUUAAUUUUCGUUUCGCGUUGUGACAGACUAUCGAGGACAAGGACACGAUAUAAAGGGAAAGAAUUUCGCUGCUCACGACUGGCAAUUUUGACCGCCAGAUUAUAAAAGGAAAUUUUUUCCCCAGGGGAAAUCACACAGGAACAUUACAGAAUAAUUAUUGUUCUAAUUGAAUUUUUUUUUCCCACAAAACACGAGGUUGAUUAUGAUAGAAGGGCUUAAUGGCCAGUGGUUGGACUGCAAUCCACGGAUCGUGUGCUGUAGUUUACGAGAGAGUUUAAUUAUAAUGAGCAUGACGAGCCAAAAGUGACACUCUCGUUUUCACUCCAUGUCUCCCUGUCACACUCGGUGAAUCCGCAAUUUUUCAGGUUUUUUUCAUCGCUCCAGUGUUCGAAUGAUACUUUCCAUCAUUUUUAAGUUUUAUUUCACUUCAUUUAAUUCCAUUAACGAGUUUUGAGUUCUAAUUAGUUCUAUUCCAAUCACACUUUCGAGGCUGAUGGGGGAAAAUACAUAUUUACACCCCUUAAGCUGUAUCACCACCCCCUUAUACGGCCUACCUACCCCGUGGGUUCAUCUCGACCUUCUUCGGGGGCUCAUUUCAACAAUUGUCCCUUCCUCCCCUCCACCCCCCACGCCCCCACCCGCUGAUACCAUCGCUCAGGUUUGCCGCAGGAAAUUUUUUAAAUCAUCUCUUCAGAUUGUUUAGACCACAUUCAGAUACCCUGACAACAAAAUUGAAGACUUAAUUCUGAACAACAACAAUGCUUCCAUUCAGAAACAAAACCGAAAUGAAAGUUGGACAGCUCCGAAGGGCGAGUGCGACAGCCCCUUGUCACCUGACGUGUGACGCUCCUCUCUUCGUAUAAAAACGCAAUCCGGAGAAAUUGGAGAGCCACUAGUUAUUCUCACCUCAGUCGGACAAUCGUCCUGGAGCGAUCCUUGGCUUAGGUGGUAUCACGUCUGCAUUAAAAAACCUUCCUCGCCACCGUCCUCGAGCUGGUUCGACCCAGCUCCCGGAAGUUUCUCUCCGAUUAACAGCAGUAAAAAAUUUCAUAAAUCGAAAAAUUGUAAAAUUCUGUCGAAAAGGGUAACGACCGCAACACAAGAGUUCAGUCAGUGCCAAAAUAAUUAAGGAACUCGCGACAAAUGACUUGAUGUUCUUCUAAUUGUCAGCGAAAUGUCUCGGUGCUAUCGGUACUACUGUUCGUCCAUCAUCGUGAUGGUCCUUGUGAUAGAAUCUCAGACAGUUUCAGUGCGACCCGAGGCGGGUGAAAAUGAAGCGAUGAAGCCCUCUCCCGAGGAGGGGAAUCCAAAGACGAUAAAUGAAAACUUGGAGAUAAUACUAGAUCGCGGUGUCGUCGAUAGGACAAAUUCUAGUAAAAAUAAACGGGCGGAUCAUGAGGAUGUCAAGAGUGAUGUGAAAUUCGGGAACAGCGUCGAUCACAGGGAGAAGGAGAUAAGGAAGUUCUCCGGGGCUUAUGGUGAUACCAGUAAAUUUUCGAACUGCUGUGGAGCUAGAUUUGAAGUGUCCGAUCAUCCAUCAGAAUCCAGCCAGCAAAAUCCCCUGAGACCCUCCGACAGUGAUCGUUACUCAAAUCGCUUCGGAAAUCGACCGGACGAUCGGUACGGUUGGCAGAGUACACCUGGACGACCCACUGGAGCCUCGACAACCGGCGGAAGUCUCUACGGCAGCCAAGGAAGUCCACCCAACAGGUAUGGAUGGCGUCCUCCCUAUGGCUCUGGUCUUGACUCAGAGUACAGCAGACCCCCGGGAACCCGUCCCCCGAUUAACCGACCGGGCUACAACUACGGGGACAGUGGAGCCUACGGUACCAGUGGAUUCGAAACCAGUCGUCCGGGAGUUCACUUUGUCUCCGGAUCGCGACCUACAGGAAGUGGUUACGGAAUUCACGGGACCAUUGGAGAACAGGAUGAAUUCCCCGGUGAUGCCGGAGCGGCGGAUGCUCCGCCACCGAUGCCAUCCAACAUUCACACGCAAAAAGCAGUUGCACUGAAGGCUCUGGCGGGUGUUGCACUUCUCGGUGCAGCAGCUGCCCUGGCAGCCAACCCGGUCCUCUUACCAGUCGGAAUCCUCGCAGGACGAAGGAGACGAGCAGUCGAGGGGACAUUUCCCUCGGACGAUCUCCAAUUUCUCAACGGAUUCCUCAUGGAUCAUGUCCCUGGGAUCGACGGGGAGACCACCAGUGAGGCGUUCUGGAAGGAGCCCCAGUGCAUUGCUCGACUCACUUGCGAACUUCAACAGCACUACCUUAGGACCAUGAAACAUGAUGCAUCCCUGGUGCAGAAGGCACACAUACUGAAAGGACGACUCGAAGAACAGAUGCAACAGCUCAUAAAAAGUGAAAUUUUCAGUGCAGAAGGCAUCGGUCACAGUCUCCAGCAUCUCCUAAGAAUCCCCAACAAGAAUAAUUCCCUCGAGAGCAACUGUACUAUUUUCAACUGUAAUUUAUACGUAUAAUCAAUAAUUUAAUCAGAUUUAAUCAGAGCAUUUACCAAUCGAACUGUAUCAUAAACAAACGGUGAGAUAAUCAUCAUAACUAGACAAUAAUGUUUAUGAAAAAAACCAUAAAAUUAAUUAUUACAAUCCA